UUGCAAUAUAAUCAUGCUUGUAUCAUACACCACGUAAAAAAAGCGUAGUCUCCCUCGUCGGUGGCACUUACAUAACCACCUCACUUCCUAUUUGCUUUGGUCUUCAUCAGAAUGUUCCGACGCAUCGUUGUGGCUGGCCUUGUUGCCGUCGCCGCUUUCACCUCUGCGCAGACUACUACGACCACUGCGGUCCCUGGUGCAUUUGCUGCGCCGCCUACCGCGGCCCCUGCCGUGACACCCACCCCGAUGUUCCCGAACCCGAACUCGCCGUGCCAAGUGUGCGCCAACUCGUUGAACACGCCAUCGCAAUGCACCACCGCGUACAAAGGCGUGCCUGGCCAGUUUUGCUUCAAAUUCUUGAACGCCGGUAUCGCGCAAGCAUGCUGCUGCCCGUCGACGGCCAAGUGCGCGGUGCAGACUGCGAACGUCAACACGUGUCAAUGUGACUCGGGCGCCACUCCUGCCCCCAAGUAUGUCGUGGUGAAGAGGACCAUUUCUAUCUGGGUGUGGGUCGGAAUCGCCUUGUUUGCUGUGUGCCUCGGUAUCCUCAUCUACUGGUGCUGCUGCCGCAACGUGGACGUCGUGGAACCAAUGUAUGUCGAACCUGUGUACGUCCAACCUGGAUAUGGCCAGCCUGGGUAUGGCCAACCAGGGUACGUGCAGCAAGGAUACGUGCAGGGCGGUCCUGGUUACGGUUAUGGCGGCGGCUACGGCGGCGGCGACGUUGCUGCCGGUGUCGCGGUUGGCGCUGCUGUCGGCGUGGUUGGCGGUGUGGCCCUUGGAGCUGCCAUGGCCGGCGGCGGAGGGUACUAUGGAGGCGGAGGGUACGCCGCUGGCGGUGCCGUUGCGGACCCCAACGCUGGAGGGGGUUUCUCUGGGGGAGGAGAUUUUGCUGGCGACUUUUAAUUUACAACGACACUAUGAACGUAGUUCUGUACUAUGGAGUAUGUGUGUGUUGACAUGAUAAGAUACUUGAUGGCAGGCAUCUUGCCAACAAGAUCGGUCAUUUGCACUGUACUCCACACGUCCCAUUUUACAGCUGUGGGGGGCUAACAGGCCAAGCUACAAAGUGAGCAUUUAAACACAUCUUCAAUGUUGAUAUUCUCGCUAAAGCGAUGUUGCAAAGUUUCAACUUGAGUCAUUUUUCAUCGUAUUACAUAAUAAAGUUCCAUAUCU